AUGAAUGUAGAUGAAAUAUUUCUCCAACAGGCAGCGGAAGCUAUAGCGGUGACCUCAGCGAGUCCCACCCAUACGGACCCUAUAAUACAGGAAUUAUUACAGAGGAUUCGGCAAUCCAGUCCAUUAAGUGCAGUCAUACAGACACAAGGAAAUGUGCCAAACGCUGGGGCGCCAGGCAAUACGGCCAAAGGACUUAUAGAACACCCAGAAAUACGAACAGAGAGAACGGAAGAUAACCAUCAUAAUAAAAAAGGCGUACAGCUCUACAGCUGUGCCAAGUGCCAAUUAAAAUUCAGCAGGAGUUCUGAUUUGAGGAGACAUGAAAAGGUGCACUCACUAGUACUGCCGCAUAUCUGUUCCAACUGUGGCAAAGGGUUUGCCAGGAAGGAUGCUUUGAAAAGACAUUCCAAUACAUUGACCUGUCAACGAAACAGGAAGAAACUAAGUGAAGGUUCGGACGUUGAUGUCGAUGAGCUCAUUAAGGACGCGAUAAAGAAUGGUACCGGUUUGUUGUAA